GGGGAUGAUGGUGGAUGGGCGGAGCGACGACGCAGGAAAGGCAAACGCAGAGAGAUAAACUCGCUCUGAAACCACCAGUGUAGGGGCAAAAAAUAUUGAAUACUGCCGUCCGGCUUUUACGGAGCACUGUUUAUAUUUCAUCACUUCAUUGCAUAGAGGGAGGCCAGCCGAGGAUGAACGGCGACUCAAAUGCCGGAGUGGUGACGGCCCCCCCUCCCACCACAGCCCCCCACAAGGAGCGGUACUUUGACCGGGUGGAUGAGAGCAGUCCGGAGUACCAGAGGGAAAGGAACAUGGCGCCUGACCUGCGGCAGGACUUCAACAUGAUGGAGCAGAGGAAGAGGGUCUCUAUGAUUCUACAGAGCCCGGCAUUCUGUGAGGAGCUGGAGACAAUGAUCCAGGAUCAGCUGAAGAAGGGGAAGACGCCUACGAGCCUCUUGGCUCUGCAGCAGAUCGCAGACUUUAUGACCACCAGCAUGCCUUCCAUGUAUCCCGCUGCACCACAAGGAGGCAUGGCGGCGCUCAAUAUGAGUUUGGGUAUGGUGACUCCGGUGAAUGAUCUGCGUGGCUCAGACUCCAUCUCCUACGACAAGGGCGAGAAGCUGCUUCGCUGCAAACUGGCUGCCUUUUAUCGGCUUGCCGACUUGUUUGGCUGGUCCGAGCUCAUCUACAACCACCUCACAGUCAGGGUGAACUCAGACCAGGAGCGCUUCCUUAUUGUCCCUUUUGGGCUCCUUUACAGUGAAGUCACUGCCUCCAGUCUGGUGAAAAUAAACCUUCAAGGUGAGAUAGUGGACCGGGGAAGCACCAACCUUGGGGUGAACCAGGCCGGUUUUGUGCUGCACUCUGCCAUCUACGCCGCACGGCCUGAUGUCAAGUGUAUAGUACAUAUACACACAUCCGCGGGUGCUGCAGUGUCGGCCAUGAAAUGUGGCCUGCUGCCCAUCUCGCCUGAGGCUCUCUCCCUGGGCGAGGUGACCUACCAUGACUACCAGGGCAUACUGGUGGACGAGGAAGAAAGUAAUCUUAUACAGAAAAACCUAGGGCCUAACAGCAAGGUGCUCAUCCUGAGGAACCACGGGUUAGUGUCCGUAGGUGAAACGGUGGAGGAAGCGUUCUAUUACAUCCACAACUUGGUCACAGCCUGUGAGAUCCAGGUGCGAACACUGGCCAGCGCUGGAGGGCCAGAUAAUCUGGUGAUGCUGGACCCGGGGAAAUACAAAUCACGCCCGCAGGUCCCUCAGCCGGCCGACGAUGGGUCCUCUACACACCCCAAGUGGAAAGUCGGGGAGCAGGAAUUUGAGGCUCUCAUGAGAAUGCUCGACAACUUGGGCUACAGGACAGGCUACCCUUAUCGCUGCCCAGCAUUGCGAGACAAAUCUAAAAAGUACAGUGAUGUGGAGAUGGCUCCCUCCGCCCACGGUGGUUACUCACACGGGGAGGACAGUGACUCAGGUGCUCGCUCCCCGCUGAAACACAGCUUCCAGCGCAGCCAGUAUGACAAGACCCGCUGGGUCAGUACUGGCGGUCGGCCUGAUGAGCCCUACGAGGACGGGCCCGAUGGAAGCAGCCCCAAGUCGAAGCCAAAGGUGUGGACGAACAUAACACAUGAUCACGUCAAACCCUUGCUGCAGUCUCUCUCGUCCGGUGUCUGCGUGCCAAGCUGUAUAACCAACUGCUUGUGGACAAAGGAAGACGGGCUCCGCCAGGCUGCCGUAGCCAAUCAGUUCAUCCCACUGAACACCAAUCCAAAAGAAGUCCUGGAAAUGAGGAAUAAGAUCCGGGAGCAGAACCUGCAGGACAUAAAGACAGCAGGGCCCCAGUCUCAAGUUCUGUGUGUUGGCACUGUGGUGGAACGCAACUUUCUCCAGGGGGAGCUCGUGACCGCGUCCAAGGCCAUCAUUGAAAAGGAGUACCAGCCCAAGGUUAUCAUCAGCAAGCAGGGUCCCAACCCCUUCACCAAACUCACUGACCAGGAGCUGGAGGAAUACCGCAGGGAGGUGGAGCAGAAACAGAAAGGGACUGAAGACCUGGAGCAGCUAGUAGAGCCUGAGGAGGAGCUCAAAGGGCAGAAACUCACCACGACGCCACCCAGCACCCCAGUCAGAGCAGAGGAAGAACAAACCCAUAAGGAUGAGAGUGACGCAGCCACCCUGAGACAGACCCUUCCAGAUCUGACUGCAGAUGCAGCUGAGGUGGAGGAACCCGCUGACGCUGGCGAGCAAGAGGGUGACGAGUCUCCCAGUAAAUCACCCUCCAAAAAGAAAAAGAAGUUCCGCACUCCUUCGUUCUUAAAGAAAAACAAAAAAAAGACAGAGUCCUAGGUUGGAGAAUGUCGGCUGGCCUCUGCCUUUUUCCUUUUUGCUUAUUUCUCUGCUAUCAUUGCACCGUCGAGCAAACCACAGUUACACAGUUAUGCUUUUUGUUGUUUUAAUAUCAUUUGUCGCUGGCUUAUUAACCUGCGUAUUUUUCCUUGUUAGUGUGUGCCAAUUUUGUAUACAGUGUAAAAAUAAUUGAUUUGAAAGGUUUUUAAUUACUAGACACUUUUAGUUGAGUGAGUGGUGCAUUCGUUCCUGGCCACUGCAUCUGGCCUUUUAUGCAUGUCUAUUACUACAGGCCCACACCUGAUGUGAGGUUUUAUGGUUUUAUUGCCCUCAUUUUUUACGAGUAUUACUAAACUGUUGUAACCACUAGAAUGUACUGAGAUUGUAUCAAAAUAUGUCAGAGUGUCUUUUAAAAACACAGAAUGCAGAAACAGAAGCUUGUACCCUCUCAUUUAACUGGUGGUAAAUUCUGACAGACCCACAAGGUGCAUAGUGCUAAUUUUACCUCUGGCACUGUUCACCCAUGCAAUAACAUGUUAACAGCCCAGGAGAACGACAGUUGGGAUAUUUUCAGUCGAGCAUUUAUCUUUUGAGAGCACAGUCAUACAGAAUCCAUAUUAAUGUGUCCAUAAUCCACUCUCUGAUUAAAUCAUCUCCAUUCAAACUCAAUCACAUGUGGGUGUUGACUUUAAACUCAAAUAGUUUGACCCACAAUCAUUUGACAUGGCCUUGUCUUACACGUAUGCCGUGUAGUGCUUUAGGUCUUUGGUUUAAUAUUUCACAAACCAGUUUCAUUAAAAUAUCCAUCUGCAGUGCUGCAAAGCUGCAGAUGAUGUUAGAAGCUGGUGAUGUUGAGCAUGGUUCACAACAAACUGAAUCAUUCAUGGAAGCGUCAGUAAGCACUGUACUUGUUGAUUCUUCCCGGGAUUGAUGAUGAAUUUGCUACUGGCUGUAAGUCUUUAGGAUGAAGGAAUGUGUAAAGAUGAAUUUUCAGCUAAUUUUUCAUUUAUUGUAAUUAUUUGAGCUUGAAGAAAUGGGCAGGAAUCCUGCGUAUCGCGUGAGAUUAUAAAAAUUCUCUUUUCUUGGUUAUCUUUUUAAACCUCUUGGGCUUUUCCUCACAAAGUAGACUGAGCCACGAUGACUUGCUGUAAGAGAGCACUGUGAACCUCCUCUUUCAAAAAUCACUGUCUGUGAACUCCUAGCACACGUUGCUUAUAGAUAGUCACAGUUUGUCAUACAAGUAGAUACAGUUGUUGCGGAACAUGUACAUGACAAUGGCACUCUUACGAUGCUGCAUGAUUAGCUGUAUUUCAGAACUCUCAACUUGGAUUUGCCUGUGUAAAAGUCUGAGUAAACAGAUUCACUGAAUACCUGUUUCCACUUGCAGUAAAGAAGGACAGGGUGUACACUGGAGAAGAAACUUUAUUUUUGUUUUGUCACUGAUAUGUAAUCAGUGGUGUGACUGCAGAUGAGCUGUGCCUGAGGUUUCAGGACUUUAAGACCAAGACUCCAUACAUUGCUUCCUAAUUUGUGUUAAUUCAUCCUGUUUUAGUGAGGGUUAGUCAUCGGUCUGUCUUAGCUAUGGCGAACCAAAAGGCAGCACUAACAGGAAGCUUCACCUAAUCUGAAAUGCGAACUAAACCUUGGACUUUGAUCACUGUAGGUGGUUUACUGCAGCGCUACAUAUAAGCUGAAGGACUGCAUGUGCGUACUGUCCUUAAAAUGACUAAAACUACCCCUUUAUACCUGAUUAAUAUUUUAUUUUUGCUUUAGUGUGCUAAUAAUACUAAAGUCCUUGUAAUUGUUUUCAUUUGAGAUAACCAUAGAUUUUUGUUAUAAAUCUCACAGCUAUGCUGAUUUACUUCCAAUUUAAAUGUCUCUUCAUUAUAUCAUCUAUAGACUUAAUGCUUCACCUCUCUUUUCUCAUGGUUCUGCCUCUUGAACAACCAUGAAUAAAAAACACUAUCUUUGAAAAUCAG